UGAGCCCCACAGCCGAGAAGUACCCUUUCAUAGCUAGCCUGAUACAAAAAAGAAGCUUUAUAUUUAAUUUAUUAUCCCGUUAGCAGAAUUCAAUCCACCGAUUAGCUCGGUGCCGGUGGGGAAACGAAGCACGUCAUCUCACUGACCGAUACACCUCAGGCAGUGGCAGCCCUAGUCCUGCGAUCUGAUUCAACGACUGCGUAACCAUGGCAACAGAGGAGAAGAAACCAGAAACAGAGGCAGCCAAAACCCAGUCUGCCUCAUCCACAUCUGCCAGCCAGACCAAGUCGGCGCCAGUGAAGCCCAACUACACGCUGAAAUUCACGCUAGCCGGCCACACGAAAGCGGUGUCCUCCGUCAAGUUCAGCCCGAGCGGGGAGUGGCUGGCCAGCUCGUCUGCUGACAAACUUAUCAAAAUAUGGGGAGCUUAUGAUGGCAAGUUUGAGAAAACAGUAUCUGGACACAAGCUGGGCAUCUCUGAUGUUGCGUGGUCCUCCGACUCAAACCUCCUGGUUUCUGCGUCAGACGACAAGACGCUGAAGAUCUGGGAUGUCAGCUCGGGAAAGUGUCUGAAGACGUUAAAGGGCCACAGCAACUACGUCUUCUGCUGUAAUUUCAACCCCCAGUCCAAUCUCAUCGUGUCUGGAUCGUUUGACGAGAGUGUACGGAUAUGGGAUGUGAAGACAGGGAAGUGCCUGAAGACCCUGCCAGCCCACUCCGAUCCCGUCUCAGCGGUCCAUUUCAACAGAGACGGCUCUCUGAUCGUGUCCAGCAGCUACGACGGGCUCUGCCGAAUCUGGGACACUGCGUCAGGACAGUGUCUGAAAACACUCAUCGACGACGACAACCCGCCCGUGUCCUUCGUGAAGUUCUCGCCCAACGGGAAGUACAUCUUGGCCGCCACGCUGGACAACACCCUAAAGCUUUGGGACUACAGCAAAGGAAAGUGCUUGAAAACAUAUACCGGCCACAAAAACGAGAAGUACUGUGUAUUUGCAAAUUUCUCCGUCACUGGUGGAAAGUGGAUCGUCUCGGGUUCGGAGGACAACAUGGUGUACAUCUGGAACCUGCAGACCAAGGAGAUCGUACAGAAACUUCAGGGCCACACAGACGUGGUGAUCUCCACGGCCUGCCACCCCACAGAAAACAUCAUCGCCUCGGCGGCGUUGGAAAACGACAAAACCAUCAAACUGUGGAAGAGCGACUGCUAAGCCUGGAGGGGAUCUUGGGCUUUUUAUUUUAUUUUAUUUUCUACUUUUUACAUGUUUUUUUUUUUUUUUUUUUGAAAAAAGUGGACUUUCUGCCGGAAAGAUCACUCUCGAUCCACAACCUCCCCCCAUGUCCUCUCAUGUGGGGAAAGGGUCAGGCAAGUGGAGCACACGUCCAGAACACGGUCAUAACCCUCCCGCAAACCUCCCGAAACCGCAGCAACACCCCCACUCCUCUCAGUCACACGCGCCUGAGCUCUGGAGGCCUCUCACUCUCUCUGUCUCUCUCUUUCUCCAUCUCUCUUAAGGCCUUAUUUUAAACUGUGCGAAUUGGAUGUCUGGGUCUUGAUUCCUUGAAGGAACCCUAGUUGUGGAGAGUCUCUUGCAGGAAAUGGAUCUGCUUCAUCGGGCAGCUGCUUUAGCAGUGAGUAGAUUUAUCAAAUGCAGGGAAGCUGCAGUAUUCAGCCUGCUAGCUUCAGUCAUCGUAUUACAGAAAAUAAAACGGUGUUCUAGGUUUGUGUUAAUGUAGACAGCCCCAAGAACAAACACUAAGAUAUUAACCUCUGGAAACGUUGUAGUAAUUUAUGGUUUGAUGUGAAUAACCAGACUGACGAGUGAAAUUUCUCUCUCUGCUUGAGCAAAGACAAAAACCUGCCAUAGAGUAGAGGAGGAGCAGGACUGCCUCAGUGGAUAAUGUCUUGUGGGUUGGUGUGUGUCGCAGUUUUAAAGGGUGCUGAGGACUGUUCCCUGAGACAUUCUUCGCAGCUUUGCUAACAGUUAUCCUUUCACAUUUGCAGCUGUUUGGAGCUCGAAACGCAUUUCAGUAAGGGUUUUGAUUCAAAAGUCAAGUGUUUGAUAAUGAGUCUCGGGGAGGGGGUCGAGUUGGAUGUGCCAAUCAAAAGCCAAGUGAGCAGACUUGAAUGUCCAACCAGACACCUUCCCUGUUUUUUUUUUUUUUUUUUUUUUUUUUAUGUGGAGCCACUCCUGCUGCCUUUUAAGGCCAAAGUGAAGUCUGUGGCCUGGAGUGAGUCUUGUCAUGUUUGCCAGUCAGUGCAACCAGCCACAGGAAAACAGACCUACUUGUGGAAUGCAGUUUCUGUCCGGUAGCACUGCUGGUAGUACCAACACGAGUGGGUUGUACAUGAGCAUUACCCUGUCUGGCUGUGCACUGGAACUGUUUGUAUUAGGAAGACUCCACUCUUCAAGCCUGCCUCUGUGUUAUAUUGUGGAGAGUAGUUCAUCUCCGUGUCAAACACAGCUCUGAUCUACUGCUAAACCCAAGCUGGAGCUGGUCAGAGUCAAGUGAGGAAAACUAAUGUAGCUGUUAGUCGUUGAUGUGUUCAAAGAGUUGAGGUUAAUGUCCUUCUAUCAGUGGCUUGCCCUGUUCCCCGUCCUGUGGAAAAUUGUGUGUGUGUGUGUGUGUGUGUGUGUGUGUGUGUGUGUGUGUGUGUG